AUGAGAAGGAAGGAAAUUUGGGCAAAUGAAAAUAAUAGUAUGACAGAUGAAAUAAGAAAAAAAAAGAAAAAAAAAGAAAGCGUGCUCUUUGAAUAUUUAAAAGAUAAUAAUGUAAAAGCAGUACAACUUUUGAAUAGCAUAUGGAUGUACUAUUUUUACCAUAAUAUAAAAAGUAUAACAAAGAAAAUUAGGUAUUUGCAAAAUGAAAAUAACAAUCAAAAAAUGUUAAGGAAAUACUUGUUAAUUUUAAGAAUAAAGAUAAAUGAUGCUUAUGAGUAUUUCCAAGAAAUUCUAAGGAGAUUUGUAAAAUCAUAUGAUGAAAAAAAACACGAAUACAUAUUAUAUAUGAGCAAAAUAAUAGAUAAGGAAAAUACAUAUUCUAUUUGUGUUCACACAUGUGAAGAAAAUGAAUAUGCAAGAGAUGUAAAAAAUGAUACAUACGAACGUGACAGUUACGUAAAUAAUAUUAUGGAUACUUUUUAUUUACAAGAAAAUGAUAAAAACAGAAAAAAUGAACAACAUUAUAAUUUAUAUAACAAUUUAGGCAUUGUUAGAAUUUGUGUAAGUAAUACCUACAAAAUUCUUGGAGAUUUAUUUAGAUACAAAUACUACUUUUUUAGAGAUAAUAAAAAACAGAAUGAAAUAAAAUCAUGUAUAAAUUAUUACUGUUCUUUAAAUUAUUACAAGUAUAGUGGUCAUUUAUUCAAUCAGUUAUCUUUAUUAUUUAUAAAUGGAAAUCCAAUAAAGUGUUUAUUUUUUUAUUUCUUAUCCUUGAUAUCACACAAACCAGCACCAAACAGGGAUGUAGUGGUUAUGUACAUGGAGAGUAUAUUGAACGAGAGAAGGACAGUGGUAAAAUUGUUAGAGAAGCUGGAAGGAGACAAGGAAAGUAGUAAUGAGGAUAGUAGAAGUGGAAAUGAUGAAGGAAAUGAAAGCGGCUUUGGUGACAGAAGAGGUGGGUGCAACGAUUUUGACAAAUGUAGUAGAAGCACCGGAAAGAGGCAGAAUGGUAGAACUAGAAGUAGCUGUAGCAGUAGAAGUCGUACUGGAGGUAACUUGAGCAGGGUGAGAAAUAAUAAUGGAUUUACUGGGGAUGAUGGAGGUAUUGGCAUUGUCAGAAGUUGUAAGAGCCAUAACAAUCACAGUGGACGUGGUUCCCCGAGCGUUUGUCAUGGUAGCAAAGGUCUCAGUAGUCCGAUAAGGGGUAUAUGCUUCAUUAAAAAUAAGGAUGGACAGAUUUUUCCUCUUAGAAAUGGCAAAAACGAAAUAUGUGAUAAUAAAUACAUGAGAGUGGAUAACUCAGUACAAAGGAAAAUGCAGCAUACAACAAAUGAUUAUGCAGCAGGAAAUACAAAUGGUUCAAAGGAUGGACUAAGAGAAAAUAAAAAGGAAAAAUGUUUAGAAGAAAAGGAAUUGAGUGAAACUUUCAUAAAUUUUUACAUUAGCUAUUUUAAAAUUGUUAAGCUGUUAUUUUCAAAAAUCGAUAUGAAUAAAUUUGAAAAGAAAAAAAACAAGUUUAUUUAUUAUACUAAUAAAUAUGUAAAGAUUCAAUAUUAUAAUAAAAAAGAAGACAAAUUCAUGAUGAAAAAUUUAAUUUUUAUAAUUUUUACCUUACUAAGUAUGAUUAUAUAUAUAAUCAUUAAUCAACAUGAAAAGGAGAGAAAUAAAAUAGGUAGCUUUUUUUAUGGGUAUGUAAAUAUAAAUAAAUAUAUAUAUAAAAAUGAACAAAUCUAUUUUUCCUUUCUUUUAAUAUAUGAACUUUUACUCUCAUGUAAAUAUUUUUAUUAUAAUUUUUAUUCCAAAUAUUUGUCUGUUUUUAUAUACACAUUAUACUGGUUAAAUAAUGAAAAGAAUUUUAACGAUGUGCAUCUAACCAAGUUGAAUGAAGAUGAAAAGAGAGAAAAAAAUAAGCUCAUUAAACAGUACUACGAAGACUAUAGGAGGAGGACGGUUUAUGUAUGUUCAUAUGCCCAUGCAAAUGGUAGGAGCAGUAGCAAUGGUAGAAGAGAUGGUGGAAGAAAUAGCGGAUCGAAUGGAAGGAAAAACAAUAACAGCAACAGUAAUAGCAGUAAUGGUAACAAUCAUAGGAGGAAAACGAAAAUAUACAAACAUAAAAAUGGAUUAACAAAACGCACGAAAAUAUUACAGCAAUCCGCAAAUGAUUUGAAAUGCAUUUACAAUAAUGAUAUAAUAAAAAAUAUUAAAGAUUUGAUAUACAGCAUACAAGUAAAAAAGGAUAUACAAGUAGACAGUAAUAUAUUACAAUAUAAAUUAAAAGAAGAUUUUUAUAUAUAUCCCUUUUUGAACACAUUACAGUUUAAGAAGUUAAAGGAGGGACAAAUGGCUAGGCAGCCUAACAAUGCGCAUUUGGAAAAAAGGUCUACUGGAAAUCAUUUCUUAAACCCCUUCGAUGAUUCGAAUGAAGAGGACAUAGUGCUUUUGAAAAAACCGCUGUUUAUGAAGAUGUCUUCUUCAACCUGUAAGGGGGAGAAAGAAAACAUAAAUGUAGGCAUCCGAGAUAUAGGUAUGGAAAAUAUAGGAAGGGAAAAAGAUUGUUCAGAUGAUAUACAAUUUGAGUGUUAUAAUGACCUAUAUGAAAAAUCCAUUUCAAACAGUAACAAUUUUUAUAUGCCGGAAAAUAAUUACGAUUAUGUUGCUACUUCUGGGAAUGACAGUAUGACCAACGGGUUAGGGAGAAAGAGCUCGUUUGGAAGUAACAACAACAAAAUGGUAUUUCCUCCCGACCUGGUUGGUGUGAACGGGAAGGGUACACAAACGGACAAUUUCAUCAUGGCAACGAGGACUUUAGAUGAUAGACUUGACAUAUUCGGGGAAGUGGAAGAAUGUGUGCUAAUAACUAGGUUUCUCGCCCUCACUCAGAAAUCAGAAAAGGAGAGUGAUGAUGAGGAGGAGGAAGAGAAGAAGAUAAAGAUGAAGGAGAAGGAAAAUGAAAAAUUUCUAAGCCUUUGUAAAAAAUAUUUGGCAUUGAAUGGUAAAGGGAUCAAGUGGAACGAAGGGGAGAAGAAAACACAUGAAGACUUGCCUUACAUCAAAUUCGUGAAAAAAAUGAAUGAUAGAAAGUUGGAUUCGUCUGUCCGGUUAAGUGGUGGAAACAGUAACCAGGGUUACGCAAGUCGAUGUGAUGGAAGAAGUAGAAGUGGUAGUUGCAGUAGUAAUGUCCGUAAAACUGACAGUCGUGGAGAUAGUUAUGGGAAAGAGGGUCUCAACUUGAAGUUAAUCAAAAGGAAGGUCGUUGAAGAAUGUAUAAAGCGCGAAGAUGAUGUGAUUGGUGUACGUAACGAUAGUGGAACGAAGAAAAUGGCAUGUAAUAUCUCUCGGAGUGAUGACAAUAAAAUAAAUAAUGGGAACAAUGGAAGUUAUGAACGGAAUGAUAAUUCAUCUAUAAAUGAUCCCUACACAAAUUGCAUAAGUAAGAGUCCUGCAGAUUUUUUGAAAAAUUGUAAUAAUUAUGUACAAAAUAAAACUAUAAAUACGAACUAUAAUAACUGCAGAGGGAAUACAAGAACUGUGUUAAGUCAAGUUGAACAUACUAAAUAUGACCUUUUAGAUAAUAUAAAAAAAGUGGGAAAUCAUGAUCAAUAUUUGUAUAAUGAUGUAGAUGAUUACCAUAAUAAAAAAGAUGGUUUCAAUGAAAUAAUGAAUAUAUCGAACGAAUUAACGAAAGUAUGUUCCAAGGAAAAUUCAUUCUUUGAAGAUUCCUUUUCAGAUAAUAUCACUACAAAAAAGAGGAGCAGUAUCAUCGAAAAUGUUAACAGCGACAGUGAUAGGCAUGAACAGUUGUUGAAGAGCUUGGCGAAGGAUGCUCACUACCAGGGGGCUCGUUCUACGAGCACGGCGGGAAGAUGUAGUCCUAUUACAAAAAGUAGUACUGAAGGUGGUAGCCACAUCGUCAGCAGUAACCUCAUUGCCAGCAGCAACGAGUCGCUGCUAAACUGCUACAAAUGCAAAAAUUGGAAGCAAAGUAGGAUUACCAUAAAUAAAGAAAGUCAUAGUACCGUGGGAAAUGAGAAACCUAGUGAAUACAUGUACAUGGAAGAAAAAAGUACAAAUAGCAUAGUAGAUCAACAAUUUGUAAGGACAUAUAAAAUGGACGAAAUUUCGCCAUCGAACCAUGUACCUAAUAAGAUGAUAAUAAUAGAUGGGAAAAACAUCGGUACGAGAUACCAACAUAAUUACAUAAAAUAUUUUGAUAUAUAUAGAAUAAAGGUGGUUUUAGACUAUUACAGAUUUAAAGCUUAUCAUGUUAAGAUUAUUAUACCUGAGGAAUAUAUAACAACUCGUAACAAGUACAGCUCUGAUGAGAAAUAUUCAAAAGUAAACCAUAACCCGAAUGAUUUUUAUGAUCGCGAAAUGAAAGAUGGCGGAGUAAGUAGUAACAAAGUAUCUACUAACGACGUAGUAAAUACUAACGACGUAGUAAAUACUAACGACGUAGUAAAUACUAACGACUUAGUAUAUAGUAAUGACAAUGCAGAUAUGAUGUUGACGAAAAAGGACCUACUAUUUUUUCAGCAUCUCCGUAUGUUAGGAUAUUUGAUUACCCAACCUUUAGAAAAUUAUUACAGUUUUUGUAUCGACUUAAUACGUAAAUAUAAUUUUUGCAUUGUUACAAAUAUAGCUUUAUCUGAACUAACCAGAAGACUCUAUCAUUAUGAGCAAACUCUUCAAGGCAUUUCUUCUCAUCUUAUUUCUUACACCUUCCUUGGGGGGGAGUUUUUACCCAACCCCAAUUUUAAGUGGCCCAUCACCCGUAUGAUCCAAAAAGGACAACAACAAAAAAAAAAAAAUGAAUAUGAAAAUAAGAAUAAAAAUGAAAAUAAAAAUGAAAAUAAAAAUGAAAAUAAAAAUGAAAAUAAAAAUGAAAAUGCAUAUGAACAUAAAUAUUCAAAUGCAGAUGAAAAUAAUCACUUCUGA